GCUGCUGAGGAAGUUUCUCUGGUUGGGGGGUUUGUAGCGGCGGCCGCUGUUGGGACUCGCCCCUGCACCCCCCCCCCGCCCGUUGUACUUGGCGGCCUGAGGCGCCCCCAGCUGAGCAGCAGCCGAAGGCGCGGGAGGAGGCGCAGGCGCAGGCGCAGGCGCGGCGCUUCCAAAAUGUCGCAGACAGCCAUGUCCGAGACCUACGAUUUCCUCUUUAAAUUCUUGGUUAUUGGAAAUGCUGGAACUGGCAAGUCCUGUUUGCUUCAUCAGUUUAUUGAGAAGAAGUUCAAAGAUGACUCAAAUCAUACUAUAGGAGUCGAAUUUGGUUCAAAGAUAAUAAAUGUAGGGGGUAAAUAUGUAAAAUUACAGAUAUGGGACACAGCAGGACAAGAGAGAUUCAGGUCUGUAACAAGAAGUUACUACAGAGGUGCAGCGGGUGCUUUGCUUGUCUAUGACAUUACCAGCCGAGAAACCUACAACGCACUUACUAAUUGGUUGACGGAUGCAAGGAUGUUAGCAAGUCAAAAUAUUGUUAUCAUACUGUGUGGGAACAAAAAGGAUCUCGAUGCAGAUCGUGAAGUUACUUUUUUAGAAGCAUCCAGGUUUGCACAAGAAAAUGAGCUGAUGUUUUUGGAAACAAGUGCACUAACCGGGGAGAAUGUUGAAGAGGCCUUUGUACAGUGUGCAAGAAAAAUACUUAAUAAAAUUGAAUCAGGUGAACUGGAUCCAGAAAGGAUGGGCUCAGGAAUUCAGUAUGGAGAUGCUGCCUUGAGACAGCUGAGAUCCCCACGUAGAGCACAGGCUCAAAGUGCUCAAGAGUGUGGCUGUUAAAAACACACAACAAAACAAACUAAACACUUGUUCUAGAAACAAAAGAUGUCCAUGCAAUUGGUGUUUGUAGCAACAACUGACACAGCUUGAAGGCUAUGCAGUUUUUUUAAAACAUCUUUACUACUGUAUGUGAACAGAAAAACCACUGCUGGAAAAACAGUACGGUAUGGUGGUAGGCAGGAAUGUGCAUAUGACAUAGCAGACUGCAAAACAAACCUGAUAAUUCAGUGGACAGUACUAAGACUCACCUGUAUGUAAACAUUUUCCGUUACAUAUUUUUGUCAUUCACCUUUAAAGUAUUGCUGUAUACUGUAUAUAAUGUAACAGUAAAUUUCCAAAGCAUGAUAUACUUAUGUUUGAUAUAAUAAAUGUUGCACUAAAAGCAAUUAUAUUUUAUUUUUUUAAUCAUAUUAACUAAAACUUUUGUUAACUGAGUUAGGCUUUAUCAUGUUUGUGUUAAUUGCACAGUAGGUUAUAUUUAUGACCUGAAAUACAAAGCCACUGACACUGUCAGUGAUUUUCCUACUUCACUACGUUUGCCACAUUCUACAAGGUGUUUACAUAAUCCAUUCUAGAAUUACGGUGAGGACAUUACCUAAGUUUACUAAUCCUGUCAAAUUUGGAAUGGACAUUUCUAGUGAAGUGCAUCUGUCCUGUUUUCUGACAAUUCUUAAAUAAAUUUUCUCUCAACUGUAUUUUUUCCCUACUUUGUAGGUUAAAAAUGCUGCUGCUAAGUCUCUGAAAUGACAGUUGUCUGACCUUAGAUUUUGGAAGUUUCUUAUCUGUGCUUUCUGGAUCUUUUCUUUUCCUUUUCUACUUCUGUUGUAUAGAAGUGGGGGGCCAAUGAGGUUUGUUUGUUUUUUUAGCAAAACUGUAUUUUCUGUUUACUGCUGUGUGAGUCCAUGAAAGAUCACCACAAUGAUUUCUCGUGUGUCUAUAUGAGAGAGCCGUUUCUAUAAGAUAUUGCUUAAUCUCGUUGGACUGCACUUCUCAAAGAUGCUUUAGCUACUAAUAAAGCAAUCUGCUAUAAAAAGUCUGUUCAGUGAAAAUACCUGUUCAGUGAGGCCAAGUGUUUCAAACGUACAGUACCUAGAAAGUGCAAGUAACUCUGCUGAAUGUGGAAUUUUCAUUAAAAUGUAUUUUAAAUCUUCUAAAAAUCUAUAAUGGUAUUAUAGGAAUUUAAACAAGGGCUUGAUGGUCCUAAUUAGAGGGUCUCUUCAUACAAGUCUCCCCUCUGGCCUGGAAUAAGGUGCCAUCCUCCCUGUUGUCAGAUCCCGCUGAGGGUAUUUCAUAGUGUUGGAUUUAUAUACAUGAGGAAAUGGAAUAUAGGUGGGCUACAUGCAUUUUUCUCUCUGCCCCUGGAAACUAUUAGGUAUUCAGCUUGUCAUAUUAACUUUAGUUCAUAGUUUAGGAUGUUGGAACCUCUCUCCUGACCUCUUUAUUGUGGGGCAGAACAGUCAGCACAGGAAAUCCUGUUGUCAUGGCUCCAUUAGAGCUAUACUUAGGUGGUAGGAGAGAGUCCAAUGACAGCAUGAAGCCUAGGUGUCUACAUCACUCUCCAGGAGUGGUGGGAAAUCUCUGUAGCUUUUGUAUUACCCCCUCUCCACAGGUCCUUAAGUGGCAUUUCUGAAAGGAAUGUAAUAAGGAGAGGGUAGAAAGGUUUCUUAUGAAUGUAAGUCCAGAAUAACUCCAUUGAGCUCAAGUUAUACUAGUGUAACUGAACGGCAUUUAGCCUAAGAAACCUAGUAACAUAAAGAUUAUUUCUUAGACAUCUGUUACAAUUCAUGGGCAAAAACUGCAUUAUUGAUGGACACCUGAAUCCUCACUUGAUAAAGAACACAAAUGGAAUUUAAAUAUUAAAACUAAAUUAUAGGGCUAUAAUUCCAGACGGUAUUGGCAGCACAAAAGCACACAUAGAGUGCUUCAGGUAGAUUCUAGAGCCCCUCAAUGGAAUUCUAAUCCUGCAUUUAAAAAUAGUCCAUGGUGAGGCUUGGUUCAGUUUAGAUAGAGACCCACACCCUUUUGGAAAAAUUGAAACUGAAUGUAAAAGCACAAGGAUUAAAUAGAAUCACUUGACCAUGCUUUAUACAGGAAAAGUCUCUCUUCUGAAGUCUUGCAGGCCAUUAAUCCAAGUAGCUUUGUAUGAUAUCCCUCUCAAUCAAGAGUCAGCAUGCAGCAUUAGACUUAAAUGACAUGUAGAAAAGACUCAUUGUAUUACUCCUGUAGGGAAUUCUGCACCAAAAACAUAAAUGAAUUCUGCAUGCAAUAUUUAUAAUUCUGCAAAAUUCUGCGUAUUGUCAAAAUAAUACACUAAUCACACCAGUUUCAAUUAUUUUAGUAAUUUAUUUCAAAAUACCUAUGAGCAUGUGUGUCUGUAACAAUACAGACUACAAAAAAGGUUCAGGUUAAUGCUUUUUGACAAAUAGAUUCUUUACUAGGCAUAUUUAACCCAAACUCUGAGUAAUUCAUUUAAAUGACAAUACUGAACUAUAUUCCCCCCCCCCCCCCGAGGAAGCAGUGCAAAGGCUUGGGGGAGUCAAGGGUAAUGGAGGCACUUAGGGAGAGGAAAGUAAACUGCUGGGAAGGAGCCUGGAUCUGAAUUUAAAGGGUUUUCUGGGUAUGAGUAGGAAAAGUAUGGAACCGGGAUGGGGCAUGGAGGCAGAUUGUUAGGGAGUGUCUCCACACAGUGCCUAAGAGAGUCCUUUUUACCAUUCAAUCUGCCCCCUCCCCAUGUGUGUCUGUGCCCCCAUGCUCCAUUCCCCUUCCCCCCUGUAGCUCUGCACCCCCCUCCCCCAUGUCCCUGUGCCUUCACUCCCAUUCAGCCCCUGCCCUAGUCUGUCCUUCCCCCACUAGCCCUUAUGAGCCCCUAUCUGACCCCUGCCCCUGAGCAGUCCAUCUCCCUGUAUCUCUUGACCUGGUCCAACAGGCACUGUGAAGAAGGUAGGCUCUUUCUCUUUCUCUUCCCCCUAUCCUGGCUGGGGCUUGCCAGGAGCAGCUGCUGUGCUCUAGCACCACAUUGCCCUCUGGUGGGCAAAAAUGCAGCAACUUUUUAGCAGAAGCUAUUUUCUACCAAAACAUUUUUUAAAAUAUGUAUGGUACAUGAAAAUAUGCACACAUGCACUGAUCAUAGAAUAUCAGAGUUGGAAGAGAUUUCAGGAGGUCAUCUAGUCCACCCCCCUGCUCAAAGCAGGACCAAUUCCCAACUAAAUCAUCUCAGCCAGGGCUUUGUCAAGCCUGACCUUAACCUCUAAGGAAAGAGAUUCCACCACCUCCCUAGGUAACCCAUUCCAGUGCUUCACUACCUGCCUAGUGAAAAAGUUUUCUUAAUAUCCAACCUAAACCUCACCCACAGCUACUUGAGACCAUUCCUCCUUGUUCUGUCAUCAGGUACCACUGUGAACAGUCUAGAGCCAUUCUUUUUGGAACCCCCUGCAGAAUUCCCUCAGGCGUAUUAUAUAUAUAGCAUGGAUGUCUGUUGCCUAGCUGACCAGAAAUGCUCCUAAGGAAUGUUCUUCUCCUAGUAUAUUUGCAUAUAUUUUUUUGGAAACUGCCUAAUACUGCAUUUCAAAGCCUAAAAUAAUGCCAAAGAACCAUACUAUGUAAAUAUCUACCUUGAUCCCAAUUUCUUGGUUGUCUUCCAAGUAUAUAUUAUCUGGAAGUGCUUUCUACCACAGCCCCUUUGUUUCUCCUCCCAGAAAAGAGAAUAUGACUGGUGAUUCAAAAUAGAGGGAGUUUACACAUCAGAUUUGGAAGACCCUGCUGAUAGCUUUUAGUUUUAGAUCAUGCAGUUGCCUGUCCUUUGAUCCCAAACUCUGCUGGGGGUAGUCCAGUGGAAUAUGUUGCCUUCAUACCAGCUUCUCAAAGUUGGGAGAAUUGUGUCCUGCUUUCCAGAGCCCCAAAGAGGACUGAAUGCUGAGAAAUGACUGUCUGGUUUUCACAUUUACACCUCCUGCUCAACUUUUUGGUAGAUGGUGAGAAAAGGGGAAGGCUGCUUGACCUUCCCAGUUCUGAGAUGUAGCACAAGCUGUGGUCUCUCUCCAGCCACUGUUGUUGUGACCAAAGCAGGUAGGGCCUUUAAUCAUCUAGUUUUAUUACCCACCAAGUUAAGGGUGCUGAUAAAAGGAAGGUUUGCUUAAUUCCAAGGUUCUCAAACCCCAGUAAUACUUGCACUGUGGUCUCAAGUGGUUUUCCCCUCCUUGGGUGCUAAACCUCAUUCAUUUUCCUUCUCUGCAGCUCUUUAUUUUUCUCCAUUACAAUGUCAUUAUCUUCAGUGUUACAAAUGUGAUUUUAUGUUUUUUUGUUCUUUCCAAACAAUCUGAGAAAUAACUGGUGCAGAUUUAGAUUUGGAGUGAUAAAAAGUCUCUCUUCAUUCCUCCUGCCGUUUACAUACAAAACUGAUAGAGAAACCUUUUGUUUAUAUGUGAGUACUUUUUGAAGAGUUUGGUCAAUUUUCUGGAACUAAAAAAAGGCUAAGCACAAUUUUUUUCCUGUAAUCAGUUAUCUUAAGCUUCCAGAUUCCCUUCAUGUAGAAUAAAUAGCUUUAUUACAGUAAGCCUUAGUGUAUAUACUUGAUCUUAACAUCUUAAAGUGUUUCUAAAAAUAAAGUGCAUUCAGACAGUGCACAUUAACAAGGUUAAAGUGCAUGACAUAUAUGUUACAAUUUGUACUGUGAUGCAUAUUUCAUUUUAAUGACCAGUUGGUACUAGAGGUAAAGUAACAAGGUGUUCUAAAACUUAAUGUAGCAAGCUUUGGGGAAAAUAUCAUGACAGAGGGUAGCUCUCCACAGUGUGUAGUUUAGAUUAUCUACUAUUCCACAGUGAUAGAUUUGAAGAUGUUACAUUUCAUGCCAGGAACAUCCCCAAACUAAGUUCACAUUUGGCUCUAAAGUUUUAAUCAUACCUGUAACAAGCUAGAUUGACAAAUGUAGUGUUUACUUAAAUAGUCUGCUUACCUUCCAUAUACAUAGUGCAUGCAUUCCAUGUGUGGAGACGUUCUUACCCUAAUUGACUUACCAAAGCAAAAUGGCUCAGCAAAGCUUUCCUACCACAUCAGGCAUCUGAAGUCUAAUUCAUUGUUCAUGGAGAUUUUAGAUUGUUAAAGUUUGUGAUGGUUUAAGUAUUUUAUAAAACCCUCUCUCCUACCUUGAGUGUGUUGCUGCACUACACCAUUAUGUUUGAUGCUUGUAUCUACUCUUGAAUAAAGAAUGUUUUCUGAAGA